AUGUUGGAAGCAGGACUCAUACGUACUUCAGUGUAUGAGAAAACAACAGAUGCCCCACAGCAGGGGCAGGAGAUGAGUCCCGUCUUUGGACGCUCGUGGGAUACAUACCCCGGAGGCUAUCCCAUGCUGGCCGAACGCAUUGCUUUGAAACCACAGACAGCUAUCUAUCGCAGAUUCGACGCCCUGAAUUCUCGGCGUAUACUGUAUCUUCAAGCCGAGCUUUGUUCCCUAGAGAGCCGUCUGCGAAAAAUGGAGGAACAAGAAGACCAGGAAAAUAAGAGGGACAAAAGAAGAUUUACCGAGUUCGCAGUCGACUAUAACUGCAUGCUCAAAGCCAAGGAUGGCGAGGGGAAGCCACACUUAGAACUUCUUGAGAGAAUUGGGGAAAAGUUGAGCCAGUACAAUGAAGCGCUUCUACAAGUCUCAAACUUAUCCCAAAUCCCAGCACCGCAGAAAUUCGAUCUUGCUGACAUCCAACACUUCCUAGACAGCAAGGCCAUGGAGUCCAACCUUCUCAAUGGUAUUGACUCACCUACUUGGGGCUCUUGUGACAAAUCUGGAGACCAUGCGCCAGACCUAGUUGGAGUACACCCUCGCCCAAAGGCUGAUGAUUUCUCUCGCUGGAUUGCAGAGGAGUCGGUACGGCUGUUUUCCUGUGGACUCGGUCGUCUCACAAAAGGCACUCCCGGUCUGGGACGCAAAGUGUAUUAUGACUCGCAAAUCCUGAAGAUCACGUCUUGGUUGACGUGUAUCCUGGCAUCGCUAUUGCCCAUUGCAUCCAUCUUGGUCCUGUUGAAUGUGCCAUCACUCAAAGGCAGGCUUUGGGUCAUUGCUGCCUUCAAUAUCUUGAUGAGCGUGUGUUUGAGGACGUUUACGGAGGCGAAGAAGUCAGAAGCAUUUGCCAUUACUGCUGCGUAA